UACAAAAUAUGUGUGAACCGACUCUUUAUGGUAUUGAAGAGGCUCCCAGUCCCAGUCCCAGUUCACCUCUUUAUGGAAAAUAAUAUACUUUUUCAUCUCUAUUCUCGUCUAGGAUGGAGGCACACUUUAAAAUAAAAAUAACCAUUUAAAAGUUUUGCUAAGACAAGCCAACAGAAAGGUCUGUUUACCUCUGAUCACCCACCUUAGCAAUGGCACCCCCAGUAGACGCAUUUCAGUGAGGAUGUUUUCUUCCGUGGCCUCAGGUCGCUGUGUGAGCAUGACUCCCGCCUGCUGUGGGUAGACGUGGUCCAGGACCAGAAAAGAGGGAGGGACCCUUUGGCCCAGGCCUCCUUGGUGAUUGCGUUCAUCUCUUCAGGGGCCGCACUGAGAGGCAGAGGCCCUGGGUCCCAAUUGUCCUCAGCCGGGAAGACACGUGCAGCCAGGAUGAGCCUGGGACCCGGGGCCACUUGCUGCUUUAACCAUGGAGAAGCGGGGCCGCGGUGAGAUGGACACAGCCCCGUCGCAGCCUCUUCACUCCCACAUUAAGUUGUUGAAAACCAACCGUGAGCUGCUGGUCACUCACAUCCGCAGCACGCAGUGUCUGGUGGACAACCUGCUGGAGAAUGAGUACUUCUCAGCCGAAGACGCGGAGAUCGUGGGCGCCUGCCCCACGCAGCCCGACAAGGUGCGCAAGAUUCUGGACCUGGUACAGAGCAAGGGCGAGGAGGUGUCCGAGUUCCUCCUCUUCGUGCUCCAGCAACUCGAAGAUGCUUACGUGGACCUCAGGCCCUGGCUGAUGGAGAUCGGCUUCUCCCCUUCCAAGCUCAUUCAGAGCAAAACUGUUGUCAACACUGAUCCAGUGAGCAGGUACAUCCAGAAACUGCGACACCAGCUGGGCCGCGACUCCAAGUUCAUCCUGUGCUACUCGCAGAAGGAGGAGGUGCUGCUGGAGGAGGUGUACACGGACACCAUCAUGGAGCUGGUUAGCUUCAGCAACGAGAGCCUGGGCAGCCCGGGCAGCCUGGCCCGCCUCCUGGACCACUCCACGGGCGUCCUCAACGAGCAGGGCGAGACCAUCUUCUCCUGCUUCCAGGAGGGCGCCAUGCUGAGCCUGCAGGACCUGCUCUUCAAGCACUGCUGCUACCCGGAGCAGGACCCCGGGGAGGUGUUCGCCUUCCUGCUGCGCUUCCCCCACGCCGCCCUCUUCACCUUCGACGGCCUGGACGAGCUCCACUCCGACUUCGACCUGAGCCGCGUGCCCGACACCUCGUCGCCCUGGGAGCCAGCCCACCCCCUGGUCCUGCUGGCCAACCUGCUCAGCGGGGUGCUGCUCAAGGGGGCCACCAAGCUGCUCACGGCCCGCACGGGCAUCGAGAUCCCGCGCCAGCUCCUGCGGAAGAAGGUGCUCCUGCGGGGCUUCUCCCGCAGCCACCUGCGGGCCUACGCCAGGAGGAUGUUCCCCAACCGGCCCACGCGGGACCGCCUGCUGGACCAGCUGGAGGCCAACCCCAACCUCUGCAGCCUGUGCGCCGUGCCCCUCUUCUGCUGGAUCAUCUUCCGCUGCUUCCAGCACUUCCACGGCGCCUUCGACAGCCCCCCAGAGCUGCCCGACUGCACGGUGACCCUGACCGACGUGUUCCUGCUGGUCACCGAGGUCCACCUGAACAGGACGCAGCCCACCAGCCUGGUGCAGAGGAACACGCAGAGCCAGACGGAGGCCCUCCGCGCCGGCCUGGCCACCCUGCGUGCGCUGGGGCAGCUGGCCCGCUGCGGCAUGGAGAGGGACCUGUUUGUCUUCAGCCAGGAGGAGGUCCAGGCCGCCGCCAUGCAGGAGGCUGACCUGCAACUGGGCUUCCUGCGGGCCGUGCCCGAGCCGGGCCUCGGGGAGGACCAGAUGUCCUAUGAGUUUUUCCACACCACCCUCCAGGCCUUCUUCACCGCCUUCUCCCUCGUGGUGGACGCCAAGGUGGGCACGCGGGCGCUGCUCAGGUUCUUCCAGGAGUGGGUGCCUCCGGAGGAGGCAGCAGUGGCGGACUGCUCGGCCCCCUUCCUCCCCUUCCCGUGCCUGGGGGCCCGCGACCCGCUGGGGGACAACCCCUUCAGGAACAAGGACCACGUUCAGUUCACCAACCUCUUCCUGUGCGGGCUGUUGUCCAAGGGCAAACAGAAACUCCUGCGACACCUGGUGCCGGCCGCGGCCCUGAGGAGAAAGCGCAAGGCCCUGUGGGCGCACCUGUUCGCCAGCCUGCGGACCUACCUGAAGAACCUGCCCCGCACUCGGUCUGGGGGCUUCAACCAGGUGCAGGCCAUGCCCACCUUCAUCUGGAUGCUGCGCUGCAUCUACGAGACGCAGAGCGAGAAGGUGGGGCAGCUGGCGGCCAAGGGCAUCUGCGCCAACUACCUCAAGCUGACCUACUGCAACGCCUACCCGGCCGACUGCAGCGCCCUCUCCUUCGUCCUGCACCACUUCCGCAAGCGGCUGGCCCUCGAUCUGGACAACAACAAUCUCAACGACUACGGCGUGCGGGAGCUGCAGCCCUGCUUCAGCCGCCUCACGGUCAUCAGACUCAGCGUAAACCAAGUCACUGACAGUGGGGUCAAGGUGCUAUAUGAAGAGCUGACCAAGUACAAAAUUCUGACGUAUUUAGGCUUAUACAACAACCAGAUCACUGAUGUCGGAGCCAGGUACAUCGCCAGCAUCCUGGAUGAGUGCAAAGGCCUCACACACCUUAAACUGGGGAAAAACCAGAUAACCAGCGAGGGAGGAAAGUGUCUCGCCCUGGCCGUGAAGAACAGCAAAUCCAUCUUGGAAAUCGGGAUGUGGGGCAAUCAAAUCGGCGAUGAAGGAGCAAAGGCCUUCGCAGAGGCUCUGAGGAACCACCCCAGCUUGACCAACCUGAGUCUGGCUUCCAAUGACAUUUCCACAGAAGGAGGAAAGAGCCUCGCGCAGGCCUUGCAUGGGAACACGUCGCUGAGAAUAUUCUGGCUCACCCAGAACGAACUCAACGACGAAGUGGCAGAGAGCAUGGCAGAGAUGUUGAAAGUCAACCAGACGCUGAAACAUUUAUGGCUUAUCCAGAACCGGAUCACAGCCAAGGGGGUCGCCCAGCUGGCAGACGCCUUACAGAAGAACACUGGCAUCAUGGAGAUUUGCCUCAAUGGGAACUUAAUGAAGCCCGAGGAGGCCGGAGGCUUUGAGGGUGAGAAGCGGCUUGUCCUUUCCUGAGAGGACGCCUUCCUGUCCGAGGAUCUGGCCCUGGGAGGGCGCUAGUGGCAGCAGCCACUCUGCGGUCACCUGUCUUAGGUGUCAUCUUGCAAGGGGACUGCCUGCCGGGAGCCCAGAGCCUUCACAGAUGCUGAUAGGCCAGCUCCCUGCACAGCUGGUGCAGUUUCACAGGGAAGCGUGGGCUUUGUGAGCCAUGUUGGUUCCUGGAAACAUGCCAUGGAGACAUUCCUGAGUGCCCAUGAUCGCUGUGACCUGCAUCAAGAGGAAUGACUGAGCUUGUACAGCGCCUGCCCUGGCGGUGGGGGAGUGAGCGGUCACUGCUGUCCUCACUGAGCCGUCGAGGGCGUGGUGUAGAGUUGGUGCCGAGUUUUUUGCCGAGAAGAUGCUCCAUGAACAAGAAGUGUUCUGCCUGAAAUCUUCCUCCUCGGUACCUCCCCAUGUGUUGCUAUCCUUCCCGCUUCACAGCUGUAGAUACUGAGGGGUGUCCUGUGUGGGGUGGUAGUGGGUGCCAAGGAAAAGACCUGGCACAGGCUUUUUUAUCCUGGGGCCUCACUGCCAACCGAGACCACUGGCUGCGCUCUUAGCUAAGAGCAAGGGCGAUGCCUUCAUGAUGCUGCGUUUCCACUCAGGGGUUUCCCACGCGAGGCUGACCUCCUCCGGAGACUAACACCUGGCAGAGCUGCUCUGCCCCAGGAAGACUGCCUGCCCCCAGAAGAGGCGUGGCUUACCUUGUGGUCCUGGCACCCACUGAGCCUCCUCUCCCCUGCCCUUCUCAGGAGGUCUCCUGCCUGAGUGGCUGUGAGGGUGACGGAGUUGGAGCCAAGGGUCAGGCAGCUCCGAGGACCCGCUAGCAUGUCAGGCCCCGACCACAGUGAUGGGCGCAUGGUGGGUGCUAAUGGGGGAGGGUGGCGAUAGGAUCAGACGACCUGCCCUUUCACCAACCCAUUUGUUAAUAAAUACUGAGCACGCUAUUUCUAAUUGCCUGAGUCCGGGGUGCUCUAAGGGAACCAAAACUGUGAGCUCGCUGUUUGCUGAUCCCCACACUGGACAGAGGCAUCUUCAUUCUGGUCCUUCAUAGGCCUUUCCAUCCGACCACCAAGUCCAAACAGGUGGCUGCUCAGAGGAACUGACUGAGGCAGGGGGCUGGGACCAGGGUAUACUGUUUUGGGCCAAAUUUCACGGCUCCCUGCUAUGCCAUGAGAGGUCCUGGCAGGCCAGGUCCGAUGUCCACGAUGUUCCUCUGCCAUUAGGCUGAGUGGAGGACCCAGAUGGGCCGUCACCCACUGUGGCAAGAGGCACCGAGCUGAGUGGUUAAACAUGAGAGGGGAAGGGACGAGGGCCCCCAGCAGUACCUUUCCGUUCUCGGAGGUGCAGCCUGCUGGGUACAGCCGCCCUGUUUGGAAGGGCUCAGUUCUAGAGGUCCCCCUGCAAGUUAUGGGGAAAAUUCUGUGCAGUCAUCCAGCCACAUGGUGGCCAUUCCCUUAAGGCGCUGCUUUGACGGUUCCUACCCACCCCUCCCCUCCCCCUCCCCCCAGGUCUGCAUAUUCACCUGCAGUCACCCCGGAUGCAGAGCCAGAGAACCACAUUUCUCAGCCGACAAACCAGGAUUUGAUCACACCACUCACUCUCAACUUUUCGAGCCUACAAUAUACUCAGAAACUACCACAGAUCACGGCUUUUAGAGACUAGGAAAAUUUAUGUGCUGUUGGCUUAAAUUCUAUUUGGAAAUACCUUGGUCCUCUAGGUGAUGAAGGAAAGAUUUUUCUCUCUCUUACAAAAGUGGAAUCAGGACCUUAACUUGCUGGGCUGAGACGUGGGGACUUUUCCUAGGCAAGAAAGACACAAUUGGAAAUGGAAAAGAAAAGAGAAUUCCACAAACUUGGAUAUAACUAUUUCUUUUCACAGGACGUCUCGGUUGAUUUUGGGAAAGAAGCCACGGCUCCCACCUUUCCAACGUGCAUUUCUGGCACGGUCCUGCUGACGGUGAACUUACUGAAAAGCCACGUCAAGUCACUGGGCAGCAAGUCACUGGGCGGCUUCGGGCUGGUCCUAAGGCUGCUGGAAUCUCAAUUUCCUCCUUGAAAAUGGGAAUGCGAGGGCCCUGACUCGCAGGGUGGUUUGAAGAUGAAACGAGCUGAUGCAGGGAAAGCAGCACAGAGCCGGCACAGGGCCACUGCUCAACAUGCUCUGGUUAUUAUUAAACCGAUGUUUCCCUUUUCUGCUCACAGUGGAACCCAUAGGUUGUUCUCAUCUCACUCUUAGGUUUAGGGAACUUCUCAACAAGGUCAAACAUGGGGCUGGAAGGUCUCAAAGUCUCCGAAAAUAUUCAACAUUGAGUUUCCUGCAAUAGCCUAGCUUUGUCAGUGAAAAGCACAGGCAUUAGUUUCCAUCAUUGUUACCAACGAGUCCUACCAUGUAAGUGUCGCUCACGGAACGGGAGGCGGGCUCGUGUCUUCCUGGCACAGCAGGGAGUCAGCCCCACCACUCAGAGCCGCCCAGGAGCCUUCGCCAGGCGCAUUUUCAGCUCCUGAACUGGGAAGCAGCAGUUGGCUCAUUGCUAUUUCGAUCCACAUCCAGGGGUGGCACUCAUCUACUUUAGUAAUUACUCACUUAAACAACCACCAACUGACCAACCAACCGUGCUGUGAAGCUGAGAGGCAAAGCCAUGACCAUUAUCCCCGGCCCAUGGGUAAGAAUUUUAAUAAAAAUGGAAUUAGCUCCUGAGGAGGCCCUGAAUCAAGUUACCCCACAGAUGGGCUCGAGGCAGAGCAGCGGGGCCCAGGGGCCAUCCCAGCACGAUUCCCUCAGCCUUAAACUGAAUCAGCUGCACCCAAGACCAGCUUAAAACUUUCAGUGGCACUAAGACUGAAAAGGUCAUGGGCCCCCAAGGAUCUGUAACUUAAAAUAAACAACAGUAAAUUAUAAAGUAAGUGCUAGAGUGCUAAACAAGUUUCUGGUUUUCCCCUGAUGACUUGGGUGCUUUCUUGGGGAAUAACAAAUAUCAAAAUAUCUCA